AUGACUAGAUCACAAAGCCAAACAAAUCAUUAUCAAAAUGAGCUACUGUCAUCACAACCUUCCUUAAUUUCUUCUGGAACUCCAAUAACGUCAGUCUCCCCCUCAUUACAACCUACUAGAUCUAAUUAUCCGAGAGAUACCCAUUAUCCUGAUAGAAUCCAAUACCGCUAUGAUUCUGGUUCUUCUAAUUCAAUAUCUUCGUUUUUCCCCGGAAGCCCUGCAGCAACUCCAACUACAAUUACAUCCGCUCACUUUCCAAAUGGCGCAUCGGGUCAUUCUGUAUCUGAUGGAUAUAAUAUCACACCAGCAUCUGGAUCGUUACUAUGGGAUGAAGAUAACGCGGACGAUGAAUUACAUAAUAUAGACAAAAGCACUGAUGAUCGAAAGUGUGUAUUGUUUUCUAAACGAGGUUGCUUAAACGUAGGCGCAUUGAUGCUCAUCCUUGGAGGUAUGUUGGGUCUGAUGGUAGUUUAUCCGGUGUAUACUACUAUAGUGAAUAGCGAAUUGUUAAAAAAGUCUGGUAAAAACUCAACUCGAAUCGCUGGAACUCUGUCAGACUUUGUUGAUAUUGAUACACCGGAAUCAGCACAUACUAGAAUAGCGAGCGACGGGACCAUUUAUAAGCUUGUGUUUUCUGAUGAAUUUAAUAAGGACGCUGCUGAUCUUCAUUAUUGGCUUACGAAUGAUUUGCAAUGGUAUUCACCGGAUAUGGUUACAACCAAAGAUGGAAAACUUCAAAUUACUAUCACAAACGAAAUUAUUCGUGGGUUAAAUUAUAAAUCUGGGAUGUUGCAAAGUUGGAAUAAGUUUUGCUUUCAAGGAGGAAUCUUAGAAGUUUCGGUUUCACUUCCAGGUGAUGGUAAAACCCACGGAUUUUGGCCAAGUGUAUGGACCCUUGGUAAUUUGGGUCGCCCUGGUUAUGGUGCUACGACGGAUGGUGUUUGGCCAUAUAGUUACGAUGAUUGCGAUAUGGGUAUCACACCCAAUCAAUCCGACACAUCUGGUACAUUUUCAUAUAUUCCUGGUCAAGAUCAUCCAUCACCUGGUAAAGGUCGUGGUGCACCAGAAAUUGAUGUAUUUGAAGCAACCAUUGAUAGUGAUGGUCAAAACCAUAUAUCGCAAUCUGCUCAAUUUGCACCUUUUGACGCAAAUCGUAUGAUCAACAAGGACUUUAUUUAUAUAGAUAAUCCAGAUGUGACAACAUUCAACACCUAUGUUGGUGGAGUGUGGCAACAAUCUAUCAGUUCGUUGACGAUGGUCAAUAAUGAAGUUUAUAACAACCGUGUGUAUAAAAAAUAUGCCUUUGAAUAUGAACCUGGGUCUGGUGGAUACAUAAGUUGGUAUGUUGGUGAUCAACUUACGUGGAGAAUGAAUGCUAGCGCCGUUGGUCCGAAUAAAAUAAACGACAUAG